UCGAAUCGAUCAGCAGAAGCCCGCUUUCGCUCACAACCUCGAUAAUCGAACGUCAGGAAGUCGACAAAAGUUGGCAAUUGUGGAUUGUUUCUUGCAAUUAAUUGUUGCCUGCAUUUCUUUGAGACUGACUGGAGAGAAGACUGAGCAUGUAGUGGAAAAAGUCGUCAAAGAUGUACGUCAAUUGUCCAAGUUUCUAGUCAGGCAGGACGAAGAGUGAAGGUCAAGGUACGUAUUCACUAGACUGGAGUCUCUCCAUAGCGUAUCAUUAUGGAUCCUGGGCUUGUCGAGCUGAAGGUACAGAUGCCCGGAGGGAAGCGAUGCGAUUUCUGCAAUAAAUCGACUAUCGAUACGUUAAUGUGGGGCACAAUGUACCAUUACCAGGGAAUAACGGUCCAUUAUUUUUGCAUGUUGUUUUCUGCUGGACUCAGUCAAAAUGGUACAGAUGACCAAGGGAUUCUAGGAUUUCUUCCUAAAGAUAUUAAAAAAGAAUUAAACCGAGGAAAAAAACUGAAAUGCAAGUACUGUAAAGGUGUUCGUGCUACUGUGGGAUGCUCGGUAAAAUCAUGCAAAAUGAGCUUUCACUACUCUUGCGGGUUAGACCAAGGAUGUCUAUACCAAUUUAUCGGCAAUUACGAGUCGUAUUGUGUAAACCAUCGCGAGAAACCCAUCAUUAAGAUUCCAAAAAAGACCUGGGAAUGUCCGAUUUGUUUUUCUGACUUUUCAAACGAAAAGUUUCCACUUAAAUCCCCUUGCUGUAACAACAACACUGCCAUUUUCCACAGAAGAUGCAUCAUGGAAUCUGCCGAUAAAUCUGGUUUACACCAUUUUAAAUGUCCGUUGUGUAACAACAAGGAUCAUUUCUGCAACGAAAUGCGGCUUCAAGGCAUUUAUGUACCUGACAGAGAUGCCAAAUGGGAGACUGAACCCAACGCUUAUGCAGAAUUAAAUGAACAUUAUAAUAAAUGUGAUAAGCAGCCAUGCCUGUGUCCAUCAGGACCGGAAUUUAGGACCAGUGACGAAGUAGCUGACGAGUAUGGCGAUUGGAAACUCAUCCGAUGUGGUGGGUGUGGUGCUUCCGCUGUCCACAUGAAAUGUGGAGGACUCACAAAUUUGACAUACCGAUGUGGAAUGUGUGUCACGGUGCUUAAAGGAUGCAAUUUUGACGACAGUGAUGACGAAGGCCUUAGUCAACGUGAUAGAAUUGACGAACCGCGAUCUCAAGAAGUAAGAAUAAACCGCCGUCUAUGUCGUCAAAUCAAUUACUCGGAUAGUGAAGAAGAUGAGCCUGUCCAGAAUUUUUUGGAAUCGCUUCCAUCAUCAACACCAAGCACAUUAGUCGUAGCUGAUGAUGAAGAUUCAAAUAGCUUUGCAUCGUUCAGAUUCAAAUCUUCUUCAGAGGAAGAAAAUAUUGCAAGAAUCCCCCCGAAACAAACACGUUCGUCUACGUCUCAACAGAACACCAGCGUUAACGACACUUGGAGCAAAGACACAGAUAAUUUAUCUUGGCCUGAAGAUGACGAAGACGAUGAUGACCUGACAGAAGAAACCGAACAAGACUUCAUUAUGUCUUCUACUAAAAAUGUUCCUUGGAAGGUAGCAAUUGAUACCCAGGAGGGUGAAAAGAUGCGGAUCGGUUUGGCAAAUGCAUCGAAUAACCGUAAGGAUGUGAUCGAUUUGGUCACGAAGGUUAAAAGUACUAAUCGUCCAUCAGAUCGAACACUUCGUCGUCAAUUUAAUCUGCCAAAGAUUAUUUCUGUCAAAUCAGUCCCACUCAUCGAUAUGGAGGACAAGCUUAAAGACCAACUUAACCAAUUGGAAUCAAAAUUUGGUGUAAAAUUUCGUGAUGCUUGGACUAAAAUAUCUUCAGAUGAAGAUAUAGAAGAGGUCCCCCAGUCUUCCAAGUCGUCUCCUAAAACGACUGGCAAAAAGCGAAUACAAUCUGCACAAAAAUCAAUCGUGCCAACUGCAUGUGAGGAGGGUUUUGGUGCUGCUACUACCAACUUGUUUAAUAAACCAAGUACUAACUCGAAUGAAAGUCAAUAUUCAACCAAAUCAGUAUCCUCAACAAGCACAAGUCAAUUUAAAAACAAUUACAACAACAGGGACAAUCUCCAACAGCUCUCAUUCUCACCCGCUUUCUUAGAAAGACAAAAAGAAAUUAAUGCAAUAUCUGAACUUGCUUCAGAAACAGCAAAGAAAAUGGAAACAAAUGAACAGUCUGAUUUGGAUUGCGUUUCCGAGAUAAUAUAUUUAGAUGAUACUCAUACAGCUCAACCUAAUACUAAUAAUUGUGUUCCCAUUUCUUUGUCCUCUACGCAAGAAUUAGAUGACAAAACCGACGAUAAUCAAGAGCAAUCUUCUCGAAUGAAUCUCUUUGACUUGGAAUCCGCCAAUGUCAAACAAUCACCACCACCUCUAUUGGAAAAUUCUUCUCGUGUUCUUAAACUUUCCAGCCCAUCUCCAACGAAAGUACCUUCGUCAUCUUGUGUGAUCAAUCUAAACAAUAAAAGUUCACCAUCACACCGAAAAAAAAUUAUUCAAUCCAAAAUUGACAAAUGGCUCUCCCCUGCUCAAGAUAAAACAAAGCAUUGCAAGUCAGUCCCCCUUAAUGACGAUGACGAUGACGAAGUCAUAAUAAUCACCCCUGGAGAAAACAGCGAACCAUCCAAAUAUACCAAGAAAAACGUUUGUAUUACAAUCGAAGAAAACUCUGACGAUGACAUCCAGAUUGAACUCGUAAAUUUGGUUUGCGAACCCUAUAUAUCUCCAACCAAAAAUGCAACGAAUACAACCACGUCUUCAGUGUUACAAAACAGUGGCUCUACAAUGGAAUCAAGAAUGUCAAUUAGUAAAAGUAAUGUUUGUUAUUCUGCAGCAUUAAUUGCUAAUUCUACUGGGUUAGGCCGGACUCGUAGAAAUUUUAUAACCAAUACAAAUACCAAUUCUGGUCCGGAUGAAACCGAAGUCAUCACUCUGGAUGACAGCGAUGAGGAGGACGAAAAAAUCCCUCCGCCACCUCUAAAGUGUUCCCCUUGUCGUUCUAACUAUGAUGAACCCAAGGUAAAAGCAGAGAUUGACGACAGCAGCAUGACCUCAAAUAACAAGGACAAUGAAUCCACGCUUGGUGAAGGCGAUACUACGCCAAACCAAGACCGUGAUCUGCAGGGGUGUAGCAACAGUAAAAGGGAUCGAAUUGAUAGUACAAAUUUGUCACCUGAUGAAUGUGAAGAAACUCCGGACAAAAUUGAAGAAAAGGACAAUUCAGAUCUAAAACGACCUCGCCUCAAUUUAGAAUAAUGUGAAAAUGAAAUAUUAAUUCUUUCCGUCUAUUGUCUUGCGAAAUUUUUAUUUCCGUACAAGAAAUUGUGAUAUUCAUUUGAUCUGUUUGAGUUGGUGACCAGUAUACUGCCGAGUGUUUAAUAGCUAUGCUUCCUGCCUGAUAGAGUAAAUUCUUUGUAGAAUAUAUGUUUCACUGAUUAAUGACUAUGAGGUGUAAAAUAAAGUGUAGUGACUCUUAUAAUUAGUGAAGAGUAUUGGGGCCAUUUGAAAAUUGAUCAGAAUUUGACUAAUUAAAGUUAAUGUUAAGAGUAAUUAAAUUUUAUAUUUGUCAAGAUGCUCGUUUCUUGAAUAAACUAUAUAUUACAACUUUAA